AUGCUUGUUUUUGUUCUCCGCUUCUCUAGACACUUCAGCUACAUAUUAGCACUUAAGACUUUGUACUGUGCCUUGGUACGUCAAAUCCUUGAAUAUGGCUCCCCUGUCUGGAAUCCGCAUCAGAACUUUCUCAUAGACGAACUAGAGAAAAUCCAGAGAAGAUUCGUCCGAGCGGUGGACGUCAGGAUGGGUUUCACCUAUCAACAAGUCCCCAUCGAAGACCUGUUCCGUGAUCUAGGGCUCCAGCCACUUGUGAGUCGCAGAUUUACCGCAGACAUUAUGCUGCUCCAUAAGAUCCUCAACGACAACAUCGACUGUCCUGAUAUAUUACAAAUGGUCCUAUUCAAGACUCCAUCAUCCACCCGGUCUAGCGACCUGUUUGUCAGGCAACAUCACCGCACCAACUACGCUGCAAAUAGUGCGAUGGCCCGUCUUCAGAGAUAA